GUAGGUCACCUGAGGGCGGGGCUCAGGUAGAGAGGAAUGUAAAUGCGGAAGUGAAAAGAAGCGGAAAGGAUUAAAAAGUUUAAAUCAACGAACAACGAGAAGAAGAAACGUCUGUAUCCUCCUCCAGUUUCACGAUGGGCCUCUGUGACGGCCUCUCUCACUGUAAAGUGGCUCUGGCCUUCGCCGUGUUGAUGGAUUUACUGGGUGGCGCCGCUCUGCUGGUGGGAGUCUUCGCCCACCUGGAAAUCAACGGACAGGACUUCGGAGACUUACUGGUUUAUACUGGAGCCCUGUUCGUGCUCAUGUCUCUGGCCGGGUGGGUGUUGUGGUACAGCGGGAACAUCGACGGCCUGACGUCCAAGAAGGAGCUGGGACACAUCGGCAGCGCUGUCGACCGCCUCGCUCGCAACCUCAGCCGCAAGAUCCGCAUCUACAGGGGCCACCGCUGAGCCCCGAACAUGAGUACGCUUCAUUUUUAAACCACCAAGUGUUCGAUACCUGUGUUUGUCAGUAUUAAGAUGAGAAACAGACCCUGAAUCAAACUGUGUUACAAGCUGGUCCCAAACAUUUAAACUGUAAACGUGUGGCUCUGUCACAAAAUCCCUGAAUGUUCUUCAGUGUUUGAAUGAGACUGAAUCUCAGCAUCGGUCUGUUAAUGGAUUUCAAUAAAAGCUUUUCAUACCUCA